AUGGCUCCGGGUGGUGAUCUGGCAGAUCUCUUGGCCAAGGUGAUCCCCACCGGCGCCGAGGUGACUGUCCGCCAUGUCUCUUCAACUCCAGCCCCUUCCACUGCUCUCUUUGCGGCUGCGCCCGGCCAGGAUGCCGAGUCAACGUUCUGCGAAAAUCAUUUCCUAUCGGUCUCAAUUGAGUCCUCCGAGCAUGAUGGAGCAGAGAUCAUCGUAUUUGGAAUGGAGGUGCUGGUCUAUAACACGGCCCACCUGACAACUAUCUUUGUUUCGAAGGCCGACUCCACCGGAUUUCUACACCUAUUGAAACUGCCACAGAAAGUCUCUGUGUUGAGACUCGUCUCAAAUACUUUUCUAUCAUAUUUAGCGCGUUCUCACCAGCGACCAGGAGUUCGCCUGGUGGUCUCCUUGUUCGCUCGUGCUCAGGAUCAAUACCUUUUCCCUGGCAGUAUCGAGAAUGCCGAGAAGCACGUCCUAGACGACCGGGGCCUGAUCAAGUGGUGGUGUCGCGCCGUCGAUCCAAUUCUUCGCGAACAUGAACCCGAGUCAGUCUCAAAGGACUCGAAAACUCACGCGACUGCUGAAGCAGCUACGGCGUCCGCCACUGCGUACUUGAUCGUACCGGGUUGCGACCGCUUCGAGACACGCAACUUUUUCCCCCCUUCUGCCAAAUCUGAUCCUCAAGAUCGGCCACGAUGGCUUGCCAGCUAUCCACUUCAGCAAAUGUGUCGCGACCCAUCAGCUCCGCCGCGCUGUCUUGUACCAAGGCUUCCGGAUGACCCUAAGACGCGAUUCCUGAUUGACCUUGAUGAUGAACUUCCCGAGCCUGCAGAGGGGGAGAAUGCACCUCCUAGUACCGGCCAGUGGAAGAGUGUCAAGUCCCUCGAUCAAUUUUGGGAGAUGAUGUCUUUCCGUCAGGAAUGCUCGGCCGGUCGGCUGGUCGGGUUCCUGUGGCUGGUUAUCAAUCCGCCAGGUCUCAUGAAUACUACCACCAUGGCAAGCCAGACCGGCAACUUAUCUGGUGCAGUCACAUCAUCAGCUGUGGCGAAGAUUUCCGAAUCCUCGUCCGCCGAGCACCAGUCACAGGAGGAUGCUAGCAAGUCGAAGACAGAAGAGGCUGGGGCUGAGACGAAGGUGGACGUUGAGGCCACCGAAGCAUCUGCUAAGCUGCAAACUGUCCCAGCGACUGCCUUCGAGCACCCAGCUGUAUCGUCAGCAGAGCUUCAGUCAACGAACGCGGUUCCAUUUUAUUGGCCAGAAGCGGGGCGCGGAGACGUCGUGCUGAAUGAAGCAGACUACAAAAAGAUGAUGGACGGGGUACUUGACCAUUUCUACGACACAGAAGAAAUUGUGGCCAGUACAAAGUCUUAUGUCGACCAAGUCGCCUUACUCGCAGAUCAAUUGACCUGGGGCAAACGGGUAACGGGUACCCAUAGUCCACAGGAUAAUUCCAAGCAGCCUGUCGCAAUAAACAAUCUUCUCGAUAGCGGACUGAUUCGCAAACGGAAGAAGCCAGAGGGCGAUGACGGAAAGAAGGAUGCGAACGAGGCAAUCAUAGCACAAGCAAGUGGUUCAGGCAGCUCCGAAUCGACUGCGUCGCAGCCAGCUGCUGUAAAUGUGCUCGGCGCAGGCUUGGUUCGGAAAAAGAAGAAGACCUAA